CAUGGUAGUAAUGAGAAUGAGAUGGACCAGUGCCUUGAUCAACAAGAAACGUCAUAUUUGAAUAGAUGGGAAGAGCAAGAAGAGUAUGAAGAUGAGCAGUCUUAUUAUGGAGAACCGAACGACGACUGGCUUAGUGAAAUAUCUAGGCCUCGGAGAUACUGGGAGGAAUUGAGGAAGUCACGGUACCUGGAAGUAAUGAACACUCGGUCUGAGAAAGAGGACAUAUGCAGACUCCUUGAGCGGAGAACUGUGACAGAUUUUCUGGAGAGCGGGUUGCGAGAGAAGAUCGAUAAUCUCAUGAUGUCCCGCGUGCAGACACACUCAAAUAAGCACUCUGAAAAAUGGGAAUUGCAACAAGAGGAUGAGGAAGAGAAAAAUGAAACUGAAGAACAGGUCAAAGAAGAAGAGCCAUUAGCGAAAGGCGAAGAGCAAGACGAUAGAGAUGAUUCGAGUCAAUCUUCUUCUUCACAGAUAUUUGCAUCGUCUCCUGCAGGAUCAUGGAGUUCUCAAGACACUGAUGUUACUUCCAGUCCUGUCUUAUCUGUUCACAAUCCUCAUUCACCUGUCUCUAGAUCCGCCACUGAUUGGGAUCCAUUAAUUGCCUUGGACUGAUUAAAAUAUGUCUAAAUCUCUCAUUUUUUCUUCGUAUAAUAUAUUGACCCCAUUAGA